CUCUAAUGUUGAGUGUUAGCCAAAAAACUUUGAAGAGUGUUAUUUGGUGUAAUUAGGUUAAAGAAAUUCACUGUGCUUAUAAUACAUUAUUUUAAAUAUAUAGAUUAAAAGCUUAUGAGGAUUUGCAAAUAGUAUAAUACAUAGAAAUGGUUAGAACUAUUUAUGCGCCAGAAUACUGCUUACAAUAUUUGGAACAAUAUGCUUCGAAAGGUCCAUACGUGAUCGGGCUAAUUAUCGGACAGAUUACAGAGUCCCGUGAAAAUGUCGUUCAUCUAGCAAAAACACCAGAGGAAAAGAGUCCUGAUGUUGUUUCUGAAUCGAGUUUUACAUCAGAAAAGUCUGAUUUAUUACGAGAUAUAUUGGGAUUAUCUGAAACGUGGGUAGCUGACCAUGCAAAGCAUGUUACUAGAAUGCUUCCUGGAGGACUGUUUGUCCAAGGAAUUUUCAUCACUAGUGGAGAGGAAAUUUUUGAAGAUCCUAAUUACUUUAGUAAAAUGAAGUCAGUUUUAAAUUAUACCCACAAAGCCUUAAGUGCAAACCCGUAUAUGUAUGGUAGCUAUCCCCAUUCAAAUGAGAGACUCAUUUUACAUAUGUCUACAAAUACCAAGGUAUUAACAUGUAAAAGUGUUGAAGUUGGAACUGGAGUUAAAACAUCAAUAAAACCUGUUGAAUGGAAGUUCCUAGCCAAACCACAGCAAUGGCAAUGUCUAGAAUGUUAUUUUGAGUUUGAUGAUAUUUAUCCAGUUGUUGUAAAGAAGAGUGGAAUAUCAGUGAAACAACAAUUUCAGCAAAUACUGGAGUCUGCCCAUAAAACAAUUGAAUCAAGUGUAAUGUUUAUUGAUGGAGAACUUAAACAAGAUUCAGAACCAUUGGAACAGAUAAACAAAAAGAAGAAACUAAAAAGCAGCACCAAAACUGCUCAAGACACUCCAAAAUCAAUGAAUGUGUCUCUAUUUGUGCCUUUUCAAAACUCAUUACCAGAUACUGUAGAAUAUCUGGAGUGUGAUGGUAAUAUUCAUUUCAGUGGAGUGGUAGCUUCAAGUGUAUUUAUGUAUCCUAAAGCUACUGUAAGGGAAGCAAUUGAUGCAGUAAAACAAGAUAUUAUACGUUCACUUGCUUCUAGAUUUACUAUGCAUUGUGAUGCUUUGAUUGAUGAUAAUUUAUUACCCGAAGAGAAAGUUUGUUUCAAUGAACCACCUCGGCGAGUCUUGGUGCCUGUCGGAUCCUUAUACCUUUGUGAUUAUUUGUUCCCUGGUGAAGCUCCAGCGGAGGCAUUACUAUCUGUGAAAGAGUUACUUGACGUGCAAAUUACUGAAGGAGAUGUUAUUUGUGAUGUAGAGACACCUGCAGAUACAUCCGAAUUUGACGCGUUAGAUGGCAGUGAUACUUGUAGUGAAGAAAUAUUGGCCACGCCACAGGAAGCCAGCCAAUUUAUGUACAUUACGGGAAUUUGUUUCGCCAUGUUCGUCUUAGUCGUUUCUAUAUUAAUUCACUAUUAUGAUGUUAUAAUGCUUUUUAUUAGUAAAUUAUUGCCGCGUUCGUAGACAAAGCAAAAUCUAUACAAAUAUUGAAAAACGCUUUUUAUUUUGGUUGUUGACAGACUAUUUAUGUAUAUUGCUAUAGUUUGUAUGGGUAAUAAUAAUAUAUUGAGUUGCACCUGUUUUGUACAGAUUGCUAUAUGUAAUUUUAAUAUUAAUAAAAUAUUUUUUAUAUUA